AUGUCGGUCGUUAGCGAGUUGCCGGACCCCGGCGGUACAAGUGAAUUUGUAACACCAACCGGGAAAAGGACAUUUAUCGAAAUGUCACCUACGGAUUUCUCGCCGAAAGACAGUAGCCGUAGGCGCAUUAUUAAUUCGGACUUAAGUGGUAAUGUUUCGUCUCCUACCGGUCGUGAUAACUGUGGGGAGUACAACUACUGUGACUUAGUGUCACAGGCCACUGAUUAUUUGGCAAAAAUUAAUGAAUUAGUUAAUGAUCAGGGAUCUCGGAUUAAUGUAGGUAAUAAAACGGCGAUUAUGGAUAUUACUCAACGAAUUACCGGUAUCGUAUCCCUGUUAGUAAUAAAAUCCUUUAGCAACGAAACGAAGUUAGCGAAUUUUGAGCGACAAAUGGAGGGUAUCGCAAAUCAACAAACGAGUUUAACGUACGCGGACAAACUUAAGCUUCGCUUACCACCUAAAUCUGCCCCGUGCCCGGUAUCUACUGAAGCGCGCGUUCCUAGGCCUUGUGUUAUUGCCUAUCCCACUACGGAACGCUUAGCGGACUAUGCGACCUCGUCAGCAACGAAACGAGCUCUCAUGAAGGCUAUUAAACCGAGCGAUGAGGGUUUCCAAAUUGUAGGCGUUAAAAAAACCUCUUAG